AAUCCAUUGCCGGCCCUUGCAAGCGACGGGAGGAAGACCAAGAAUCAUCUUUUUCCCUAUCUGUCUCGUGUUCUUCCUCGCUUCUCGAUUUUUUCUUUUCGUGUAUGUUGCUGGCGCCAAUCUGAUGCCACGCAGACGAUAGUAUCGCGGCGUCCCGAUUAACACGCCUUCACAUCCCUCGCUCGACCGGGCGGGAAGCUCUGGUGUUGUGUUUUCGUAAGCCGGGGGAAUUGAUCCCAGAACGGGGAGAGGGCUUCUUUAUCGCCUCGAAAAAGGGCAUCCUGUUUUACCGAAACCUCCUAUUGCCAAAGGGUUCUCAUCGACGGAAAGGAUCUCUCUACUGAACAGCUACGACGCCUGCCUUCGUCUUCUCUUCCUCCACGUCGCCCAUACCCUCGCUCGUUCACCCGCUCGCCCGCUCGCCCACACGCGCGACCCGUAGUAUCGACUAGAGACACAAAGGGUGUCCUUGUACACGCCCAAUCCAUUCGCCAACAUGAAGCUCGCUCCCCUCGUCAGCCUCAUCGUGGGCGGCCUGGCUGGACUAGGCACCGCGACCGCGCCCGCGACCCUCCCCCGCCGGAAUUACGACACCCACGAUUACUACGUCCUCCAUCUCGAGCGCGAUGUGCCACCCCAGCAAAUUGCAACCCGUCUAGGCCUGAGGCACGAGGGCCAAUUAGGCCAGCUCACAGGCCACCACGUAUUCUCUACCAGGAAAUCCGACGACGACAUCGUGCGCCGCGCCGUGCAAGCGCGCCGGCGAAGACGGUCGUUGGGGGGGCUAGAUGUCCUUGACGGCGUCAAAUUCUCCGGCAAGCAAAAAUUACGGGCUCCUAUGCAGAAGCGCGUCAUCCCACCCCUUCCAGCGGGGUUUUAUCCUGCCAGGCGAGCAGACAAGCCCAGCGCGGACGUCGUGAAAGUGCAGAAAGCCGUCAUGGAGAAGCUGGGCAUAUCCGAUCCCAUAUUUCACGAGCAGUGGCAUCUUAUUAACACCAUUCAACCCGGCCACGACGUAAAUGUCACCGAUGUCUGGCUCUCGGGGGUCACGGGCAAGAACGCCACCGUAGCUAUAGUCGACGAUGGCCUCGACAUGUACAGCAAUGAUCUGAAGCCGAACUACUACGCCUUCGGUAGUUAUGACUUCAACGAUCAGAGGCCGGAGCCUCGUCCGACUCUGGACGACGACCGGCACGGCACCCGAUGCGCCGGCGAGGUUUCGGCUGCGAAGAACGACGUGUGCGGUAUCGGCGUAGCGUACGACUCCAAGAUCGCCGGCAUCCGGAUUUUGAGCAAGAUGAUUUCCGAUGCGGACGAGGCCGCGGCGUUAAAUUACGACUUCGAUCAUAACCACAUCUACUCCUGCUCUUGGGGCCCGCCCGACGACGGGAAGUCCAUGGAUGCCCCCGGUGUCCUUAUCAAGGCCGCCAUGCUGAACGGUGUGCAGAACGGACGCAAUUCUUUAGGGUCUAUCUACGUGUUUGCUAGUGGAAACGGCGCCGCGAGUGAUGAUAACUGCAACUUUGAUGGUUAUACCAACAGCAUCUACAGCAUUACUGUCGGCGCCAUAGAUAGGCAGGGGUCUCACCCUUACUAUUCAGAAAAAUGUUCGGCACAGCUUGUCGUUACCUACAGCAGUGGUAAUGGAGAUGCUAUUCACACCACGGAUGUUGGGGAAAACCAAUGUUACAAUGGACACGGGGGUACCUCUGCUGCAGCGCCUUUAGCCGCUGGCAUAUUUGCCUUGGCUCUCGAAAUCCGCCCUGAUUUGUCUUGGAGAGAUAUGCAGUACAUUGCGAUGCAGAGUGCGGUGCCCAUCGACCUCGAGGGCGGGGAAUGGCAGCCAACCACUAUCGGCAAGAAGUUCAGUCACACUUUUGGGUACGGCAAGGUUGACAGUUAUGCCCUCGUGGAAACUGCGAGAUCCUGGAAGAACGUGAAGCCCCAGGCCUGGUAUUAUUCUCCGUGGUUGCAUGUUCACCAGCCCAUCCCCCAGGGCAAUGAUGGUCUAUCAGUCACCUUCGAAGUCACGAAAGACAUGCUUACGGAGGCGAAUCUGGAGCGCCUUGAACACGUCACGGUCACAAUGAACGUCGAGCACACCCGACGAGGCGACUUGAGCGUCGAUCUCAUCAGCCCAGACAAUGUGGUCAGCCAUCUCUCGGCCACGCGUAAGCUAGAUACUAGCAAGGACGGUUACGACAAUUGGACCUUCAUGAGCGUCGUCCACUGGGGUGAAGCCGGUAUUGGUAGUUGGACGCUCGUCGUCAGGGAUACUAAAGUAAACGACGACACUGGUACCUUCAUCGACUGGCAUCUCAAGUUGUGGGGCGAGAGCAUCGACCCCUCCAAGGCCAAAGUGUUGCCUAUGCCGACUGAGGAUGACGACAAGGACCACGAUGCGAAAACUACUACUGUUAGCCUCCCUCCGAACCCGGCUACCACCAACACCGCAGCGCCCACGGUAGUCCCAUCAGAUCACCCCGAACGGCCUACCAAACCCAGCGCGACCUCGAGCGAGAGUGCUGCUACGGAGACGGGCGCCGAUGCCGCAGCUGCCGAGACGACCACCAGUUCCUGGCUGCCCUCUUUCCUGCCUACCUUCGGCGUGUCCUCCAGCACACAAGCCUGGAUCUACGGCUCCUUGGGGCUCAUCGUCGCCUUCUGUUGCGGGCUCGGAGCGUGGUUCUGGUUCGUCCGGCGCAAGCGGCUGCGGAACAACCCGCGCGACAGCUACGAGUUCGAGCCGCUCAAUGCGGAGGACGGCGACGGCCUCGCCGGAGCUGUCGAGAAGGGCCAGCGACGACGGGGCGGCGAGCUGUACGACGCCUUCGCUGGCGGUAGCGAGGAUGAGGACGAGGACGACCGCUCGGCACGGGAGCGUCGUAGCGUGGCUAGCCGCGACGACGACGACGACGACGAUGAUGACGACAACGGCGACGCCGGAGGGGCCGCGCGCCAGCAGCAGACUUCCAGGUUACUAACCGAGAAAUGAGUAGGUUGCUGAGAGUCUUCCGACAAAAGUCUCCCGCGGGAGUAAGCCCUCGCGCCAAAAGCAUAUAAAUAAAUCCGGGAACCAGGAAGAGAAAAGAGAAGGGGGGCGGGGAGAGGGCGAGUGAGGCUGGCGGCAGCAUCCUGUAACCUAGGACAAUCGCGGUGCGCGGCCCCCCCGCACGUGCACAUGUGUAUAUAUUUAUCUCGAACCAGCGUACUAGUAUCGUCGAUACCGGCACGAGGGGAGGAGCUCUGGGUCCGUACGGCGUUCGGGGCGCGGGCGUGUAGAUUGCUACAUACAUACAUACAUCCACACAUGCGUCCAUACCAACAAUAU